AUGGGCCUCUUCUCUCGCAAGCCCAAGGCCGAGAACAACCCCAACAGUGCUACGAAUUACAGAAAGACAUUCGCCAUGAUGCGCACCAACAGCACCGACAUGCCUUCGUCUAAGUCGAGCUUGCCGGAUGUACCUUUGCCCAGAGCUCCCGACCCCAAUGUCGAUCCUCAAGGUUAUCUUCGCAGCAUAUAUGCCGUGCGGGAACGAAGCAAACUGGUCUUCGAUAAAGGCAAGCGGAAUCAGCUGCGACAUUUCAACGUCGACAUGUCCAAAUUUCCCGACACGGCCCACUACAUUGUGUCCAUCAUCAAGCGAGACUUUGAGCCCGACUACCACAAGAUCCCUCCGCACGGCCGAUGGCAACACUUCGAAGUGGGUGGCCGACCGCGGGUUGAUCAGCUCAUGCAGUCCUGGCCCAGCACAGUUGAUGCUCACGAACGAACACGACGAUUGAUCGAUCUAUUCCUCGUAUCCGUGCUACUUGAUGCUGGAGCGGGAACCAAAUGGCAAUACCGGUCCAAGGAAAGCGGCAAGGUGUACAAGCGAAGUGAGGGUCUGGCUGUCGCCAGUCUCGAAAUGUUCAAGAUGGGGAUGUUCUCAAGCGAUCCAGAUCAGCUGUUCCAGGUCGACAGCGUUGCAUUGAAAAAGCUCACAACGGAGCGUAUGAGCAAGGGACUGCAAGUUACAGAUGAUAAUCCAAUCGAUGGGUUGGAAGGUCGGACAAACCUCUUGAUUCGUUUGGGGGAUGCAUUGUUGAAUCAGGAGAUAUUCGGGCCCGAAGCUCGGCCAGGAAACAUGCUGGACUAUCUGCUAUCGCAUCCCACCACGCACAUGAGCACAGUGCCGAUCAUUCCUCUGCCAACACUGUGGAACACUUUGAUGAAUGGACUGGCUGCGAUCUGGCCAAGCACACGAACACGGAUCAAUGGCGUAGCACUUGGAGACGCAUGGCCUUGCGGAUCAAUGCCAUCACAUCCAACUCAACCCUGGGAGAAUAUUGUUCCUUUCCACAAACUAACUCAAUGGCUUACAUACUCAUUGAUGGUUCCCAUGCAGAAGCUAGCAAAUGUUCACUUUGUGGGCGUGGAACUAAUGACAGGCCUGCCGGAGUAUCGGAAUGGAGGAUUGCUUGWUGACACAGGUCUCCUGACUCUCAAGCCCGAAGACGCCAAACGAGGACUCGAGCAAUACCAGAUGAACUCAACAAGGCAAGGGCAACCUAACGUGGAGGUUGUGCCUUUAUUCACUGCUGAUGACGAUGUCAUUGUGGAAUGGCGUGCCUUGACGAUUGGAUUCUUGGACGAGCUGCUUGUUGAGGUCAAUCUGUUGCUCGGACUGUCUGGUGACGCUAAGCUUAGCCUAGCACAAAUGCUAGAAGCUGGGUCGUGGAAGGGCGGAAGGGAGAUUGCUGAAGUGUMCCGGCCGAACACGAAGGAGCCUCCCAUCAUGAUUCUGUCCGACGGCACAGUCUUCUAG